AUGAACAAUCACAAGAAAACUCUUUCCAAGUUCACAUCAAUCGAUCUUAAUGCAGUGGAAUCUGUAACACCAAAUGAACGAUUCCGAAAGAAAAAUGUUCUUUUGUUCAUAUCUUCGAUGAUUUUGAUUCUUCUUAUCGUGAUCAUUCCCAUCAUUAUUGUCAAAAUAACAAAGAAAAAGAACAUCACAACAUUGAUGACAACACAAACAACAAUGUCAAAAGAAGAAUCAACAGUUCAAAUGAUAACAUCAGCAAUAUUAAUUUCCCAACAAAUUCUUCUCUCAAAGAACAGUUCAUGGAAACAAAAUGGAACAACAAUUGCUGGAGGUCAUGGAUUUGGAGAUAGUCUUCAACAUUUGAAAUAUCCACAAGGAAUUAUCGUUGAUGAUGAAAAGAAUCUUUUCUGUGCUGAUUGGGGAAAUCAUCGAAUUGUGAAAUGGAAAUAUAAUAAUGAUAUUGGUGAAAUUGUCGUAGGGAAUAGAGGUCAAGGAAAUCUAUACGAUCAAUUGAAUGGUCCUAUGAGUGUCAUUACAAAUAAACAAGAGAAUUCUUUGAUUAUUUGUGAUGGUGGAAAUAAACGAGUCAUUCAAUGGUUUCUUCAAAAUAAACAACAACAAACUAUCGUGUCGGAAAUCGACUGUUCUGGUUUAGCAAUGGAUAAAGAUGGAUUUGUUUAUGUGGCAGAUGAUGAGAAGGACGAAAUAAGACGAUGGAAAAUAGGAGAGAAAGAAGGAACAUUAAUAGCUGGUGGAAAUGGAAAAGGAAAUGAUUUAAAUCAAUUGAAUGCACCUUUUUUUAUUCAUAUUGAUAAAUCAAAUUCACUUUAUGUCUCAGACAAACAAAAUAAUCGUGUGAUGAAAUGGAAAAAAGAUGCCAAAGAAGGAAUUGUUGUUGCAGGUGGAAUUCACCAUGAAAAUACUUUUGAGAAAUUAAAUGGUCCAACUGGAUUGUUCGUCACUCAUCUUGGUCAAAUCUUUGUAAUCGAUAGUAAUAAUAAUCGAAUAAUGCGUUGGAAUGAAAGUGAUAACAAAAGUGAAAUCGUUGUUGGUCAAGAUGGUUCAACGAAUUUCUACAAUCCAACUGGUUUGUCAUUUGAUAUCGAUGGAAAUUUAUAUGUUGCUGAUUGGGGAAAUGAUCGAAUUCAAAGAUUUGACAUUGAAUUUAAUUCAAAAUAA